GGCUCCCCGCGCCCCGCCGCCGCCCAGCGAAGCCGCGCUGCUCAUGGAGAAAGUGCCUGGCGAGAUGGAGAUUGAGCGCAGGGAGCGGAGCGAGGAGCUGUCCGAGGCGGAGAGGAAGGCGGUGCAGACUACGUGGGCCCGGCUCUAUGCCAACUGCGAGGAUGUGGGGGUGGCCAUCCUGGUGAGGUUCUUCGUGAACUUCCCGUCGGCCAAGCAGUACUUCAGCCAGUUCAAGCACAUGAAGGAGCCCCUGGAGAUGGAGCGGAGCCCCCAGCUGCGGAAGCACGCCUGCCGGGUCAUGGGGGCCCUCAACACCGUCGUGGAGAACCUGCAGGACCCCGACAAGGUGUCCACUGUGCUCACCCUGGUGGGCAAAGCCCACGCCCUCAAGCACAAGGUGGAGCCCGUGUACUUCAAGAUCCUCUCUGGGGUCAUUCUGGAGGUGAUCGCCGAGGAAUUUGCCAAUGACUUCCCGCCCGAGACGCAGAGAGCCUGGGCCAAGCUGCGUGGCCUCAUCUACAGCCAUGUGACUGCUGCCUACAAGGAAGUGGGCUGGGUACAGCAAGUCCCCAACGCCACCACCCCACCGGCCACAUUGCCCUCCUCGGGGCCUUAGGACCCCCUCUCUCCUCCCCGCUCCCUGGCAGCACCUCGAGCAGAAGGCCAAGUUCCGAAGACCCUCCUCGACCUUCCACUUCUGGGCACCAAGGAAGCUGGAGGGAUCCCUGACUCGUCUUCCUGGAAAGAGGCCUCUGCCUCGGCCACAGUCCCCCUGGAUCCGGUGGCACUGGCUGCCUGGGUGCUGACCCGGUCGGUGGCGGGUGGCCUGUGAGGGUGGGGGACCCUUCCUCCUUGAAGAGCCAGGCCCACCCUUCUUAGCUUUUCUACUCACUGUUAGGGACCCAGCUGAGCAGCUGGCAGGACGCGGGGCCAGGUGUGCGCGUCACUGCAGGAACACACCAGCCCCGAUCCUGCCUGCCCGACCAGCAUGCAGGUCCCCACGUCACCUAUCUAGACUAUUACGCACACAUAUCUACCGUAUAUACAGAUAUAUUCUAUAUACAAUCUAUAUAUAAAUAUAUAUAUACAUACAUACAUAUCUAUAAUGCACACAUGCAGGGCCCAGAGGCACACGCGAAGCCUCGGUUUUGCUCGUCUGCGUGUGGGACGGGAAGGGGUCCUGGUCACGCUUCUGGGCAGAGAUCAGAUUGUUCCGGCAGAGAUGGGGGUCCCACAUCAGCUCAGAGAGGAUCUGGGCCUGUGGGCUGAGUCGGGGUGACUCGAGGGCCUGCAUGGGCAGGGUUGGGGUGACGUAGCUUGCCAGCAAAGCCCGGCUUGUUCUCUGACCGGCUCCCCACACUCCUUUCCACUUCUAGGCAAGAAGGAUUUGGCUCUCCCCCACUUUACCCCCCCCACAAAAGGAUGUGGCUCCCUGUCUUACAAGGGCAGACAGGAGGGGCCGGAAGUUCUGGGCAGGGUGACUGCGCUGGGGGAGGGGCCGUGUACAAGCCCAAUGCCAGCCCCGGCUGCCUUUGCCACUGAGACAGCCCUGGCAGCAGCGGGGGCUCCAGACCGCCCAUCAGCUGGACAGUGUUGACAGGACCAGAUGCCUCCAUCUCACCCAGGAGCUCUGAGGGCCGAGGGCCUGUCCUCCCCGCUGCCCCCAGCCCCCGCUGCUGGCUGGCAGUCGGUCCUGUCCAUCCAUCUGGGUCCGAGUUGCUGGGGACCGACCCCAUGUGUGCCCCCCGGUCACGUGUAUCGUCCUCCAGGAUGUUUUGCUGCUGUGGGUGCCGUGCCUGUGUCCCCUCCCGUCCUGUCCUUGUGCGGCCAUCUGUGUGACUGCCUGCCCUCCUUUUGUAGUUUCUGAUGUUUGUCAGCAGACCCAGACGUGGCAUUAAACAGACCCGUUCUUCCUG